AUGAAGGAUGAAUAUGCUGAACUUACUACUAUAGGUACAUCAAGUUAAUCAGCUAAUAGAAAAUUACUCUUUCUUCACAAGAGUGAAAUAACUAAAUCAUAUAUUGAUUAGACUAAAUAAAUAUGCAACUUGUAGAAAAAAAAGAAAUAACCAUUUCAAAAGAGAUAUGACUAAGAACAAGAGAAGAAUGAGAGUAUAGAAAUGUAGAAAGAUCUGAUGAAAGUGGAAAUUUUGGAUUGGUAGGGUUUCAUGGAUUAAGAAUAGGAUUUGAUAAAUAAAGUAAAUAAUGAGGAAGAUCAAUAAAUUAAUUAAAAGCCACCUUUAGCUUUUAAAUGUAAAACUAAUCCUGGUAUAAAAUCAAUUGGGAAUGAUCGAUUUAAUUAUUUCUAUAAAAUGAAAUUAGCUAAGUAAAAUAUCCAUUUUACAUAAGCAAAUAGUUGUCUGCCAUAAGCACUUAAGACUUUUUGAAAAGCGUUAGACACUCUUAAAAACUAGAUGAUUACACAAAACUAUAUAAAUAAUAACCACAUAAUCUUUAUUUGAGUUUGAAUUUCUCACAACCUGAAAGAAUGCCAAAAACUUUUGGAUUAAUAUAAAAUACACUACAAUUAACAAAUGCUAAUGUAAGUCAUGCUUUAAGGAAUGGUGAAGAUUGUAAUGCAUUUUCUAAUGCAAUGCUUACAUAAUAAAGUAGAUAAAUAUAAGUAAUGUAAUUAAAUCAUAAUUAAUUUACUCCAAUUCAAUUACGUAACAUACUAUUAACAUUUCCUACUACUUUAAAGGAUUUAGAAUUAUAAAAUUGUAAACUUAAUUAUAUGCAUAUGGAAGUAUUGAUGGCUUUUACAUAUAAGAAUUAAAUUUAUAAAUUGAAUCUUGAAAAUAAUAACAUUAGAGAUUUAGGAUGUCAAAUAAUUAUGAAACAUCUAUUAACAAAUAAUACUCUAUAAUGUAUUAAUUUAAACAAUAAUUAAAUUACAGAGUGUGCUUGUAAUGCCAUAUCAAAUUUACUUAAAUAAACAUAACGUCUCUUGGAAUUAUAUUUAGGAUAUAAUUUUUUUAAUGGUAGUGCAGGUACUAUAAUUUGGAAGGCUAUGUAUAAAAACACUAGUAUUAAAAUACUUGAUCUCUCUCAUAAUACUAUAGCCUCUUUGGAAUGUGCUUAAUCAAUUAAUAAAGCAAUAUCACGUCCAUAUAAUGAAUUAUUACAUGUUGAUCUUUCUUAUAAUAAAUUUACAAGUUCUUAAGCUUAAUUAAUUGCAGAAGCACUUCAAAAAAAUGAAACAAUUUAUGGUUUCCAUUUUGAAGGUAAUCAACAAGAAUUAUUUGUAAAUCCUAAUGGAUUUUUAAUUAAUAAUGUUUAAUAAUUCAAAUAACGAUAAGAUAAAUUAUAAUUAUUAUAUAAAUAACCAUAAUAUUUUAAGUUAUUAGAUGAACCAAAAAAAGAGAAUCUAAUAAUAAAGAGAGAAGAUAUAUUAGUUAUACCAUAUAGUAGAUCAAGAAAAAUUAGAUCUACAAAAUUGAAUAAAUAAAAAUUUAAUGAAAUUAAUAGACUUGAUACUUGUUGGAUUUGUGAAGGAUGGUAAGAAAUAAAAUUUGAAUGGACUGCUCAUAAAUCUGGUAGUUUAUAUAAUGAACCUAUUUUCAUUCAUUUUGAUUUUGAAGAAUAUAGACCUCUUUUAAUGACAUUUUUAAAUAAUGAAUUCUUUUAUAUUAAAAUGUGUCCACCAAAUAAAGAAAUUCAUUAUUUCUUUACAAAUCCUAUUUUAAGUAUUCAAUAACCAGCAUUAGAUUAAAAUAUAAAAUAAAUGAAUAUAUAAUCAAUACCAUUUUUAUACAAUGAUGAAAUUUUAGUAGAUGGAAAUAUUAUGGAUUAAGUUAAUGUAUAUUAUACAAAUGAUAAAUAAAAAUUAUUUGAUAAAUAUAUGCCAAUGGUAUAAUGUAAACCUAGAGAACCAUUAGCUAAAUUUGAUUUCUCUCCUUAUCUUAACAUAAAAAAACAUUGUUGGUCAGUUGAAAAUUCUAUAUUCAAACAUUUUUAACCAGAUACACCUAAUUUAAUAGAUGAAUGUUUUGAAUUUGAUUUUUAAAAUUCCAAAGUCACUCGUUUAGUAAAAGAUACUGAAUUGAUUGAAAUAAAAGAUAAUCUUAAAAUACUUUAUCGUCAAUUAUUUCAUUGUUAUAAAUAUCAUGCAUCUGGUUCACUUAAUACACCAAUUCCAUGUAUUACUAUAUAAGAUUAUAUUGAUUUUUUACUUCAAACAUCAUUAUUAGAUGGUUAUAAAACAAAUGAUAUAGAUAUAAGUUUUACAUCAACAGCUGGUGCAAAAGAUGUUUAAUUUCCAUAAGCAUUUGAUAAAGGAUUGGUUCGUUGUUAACUUUUAGAAAUCAUGAUAAGAAUGUGCAAUGAUAAAUUUAUUAGAUAAGGUAUAUGUACAACAAUGAGUGAAGCCAUUAAUUUAAUCAAUAAAUAAGCUUAAGAAUACUUUUCCAAAUUUGAUUAAGCUUAAAUGUGGAGAAAGAGUAGAUUGUGGAAUUAAAAAUGUGAUAUUAUUCUUAAUGAUCGUUUAGCAAUGUUAAAAUCUUUAUUUAAAUAUAUAAGUAGAUUGAGUAAGAAAGACAAAUAAUUAUAUAAAUAUGAUUACAUAUCUGUAUAAGAUUUUAAAGAUUGGAUUGUGUAAUCUAAAUUAAUUUGUGAUGAUCUUAGUGAAAGAGAAUGUUACUUAAUUUAUUUAUAAUCUAUGAUCACAUAAAAAGAUGAACUUUAUUCAACAAAACAUUAUUAAAUGAAUUUUCAUGAAUUUAUUGAAGCUAUAGGUAGAUUGGCUGAAAAAUUAUCAAUCAUUAGAGGUGAUAAACCUCUUGAUGUAGAAGAUAGAAGACCAUUUGAUUUGACUUCUAAAAUUGAUGGAUUACUCCUAUUACUUUAUCUUAUAAUUGGUAAUGAUAUGAAGUAGACUCUAACAACAAGUGAUCCUGAUAUUAGAGGUGUAGAUAAAUGUAUGAUUAAUGAUUUCAAAUCCUUAAAAUAGAAAUUAGAAGAUUCAUUUACUGAUGGUGAUGAACCACCAUAUGAUCCAAGAGUUGAAUUACCUCAUCUAUAGAGUUAAAUUACUAAUUUAUUGGGCAAUACUAUAGGUGGUAAAAAACAAACCUUAAGAUAAUAACUUAAAUAAGUUAAAAGAGAAGAACAAAAAUUUUCUCUCAUUAAUUUUGUUCAAUAUUUUAAGAGUAUUUAAUAAGUUCAUGUGGAUCAUGAUGAAUGA